AUGAAUGAGAACCUGCCGAAGGAAUACUUUGAAUUAAUAAAGAAGGUUCUUAACGAGAAGCAGACAGAAGGUGCUCCCUCGAAGAGAGGAAGGAGACUCAGAAGAAAGAACCAGCCCCUACCGGAUGCCAAAAAGUUCAAAGCUGGGCUGAAUGAGCCUCCCGGAGAAAGUGUUGUCAGCGUGAACCUGGAUUCUUCAGAUGAUGGUGUCAUUACCGUACCGUCGGAUGACAGUGUGGAAGAAAUCCAAUCGUCUGAAGAAGAUUAUGAUUCCGAAGAUUUUGAAGAUGUCACAGAUGAAAGUGAGGUAGCUGGAGUGGGGGACAUAUCGUUUGAAAUCAGACCUUCGAGUAGGAGCAGCAGUGCCACUAAAAAGAGCAGUCGCAACGUCUGCUCCAACGAUGAACGGAAAAGAAGAAAAUAUUUCCACAUGUUAUGUCUGGUUUGCCUGAUGGUUCACGGAUUUGUACGAAAUGAAUGGAUCAACAGUAAGCGCUUGUCUAGAAAACUAAGCAACUUAGUACCUGAGAAAGUAUUUGAGCUGUUGCAUCCCCAGAAGGAUGAUGAACUCCCGCUUAGAAGUACCAGGAAACUGUUAGAUGGGUUGAAGAAAUGUAUAGAACUGUGGCAAAAGCACUGGAAAAUCACUAAAAAAUAUAACGAUAUGGGGCUUUAUAUGAGAACGUGGGGGGAAGUUGAAACGGAUAACAAGAAUAAAAGAUACAAGGCAUUGACAAGACUGGAUUUUCUAAAGGCCGUGAUCAAAGGUCGUGGAGAUCCCGAUAUUUCACUGCAGGGUUUUGUUGCGAUGCUUAGGGCCUGUAACAUCAAUGUACGGCUUAUUAUGUCGUGUCAGCCUCCAGAUUUUACUAAUAUGAAGAUUGACACAUCUUUGGAUUGCAAUAGUACGUACCAAGAUAUGGUCAGAUAUCCAAUCUUCUGGUGUGAGGUAUGGGAUAAGUUUUCCAAAAAAUGGAUAACCAUUGACCCGGUAAACCUCAAGACCAUUGAACAAGUUAGAUUGCAUUCUAAGCUAGCGCCGAAAGGAGUCGCCUGUUGUGAAAGAAAUAUGCUGAGGUAUGUGAUUGGUUACGAUCGAAAGUACGGCUGUAGAGAUGUGACUCGUAGGUACGCUCAAUGGAUGAAUUCUAAAGUAAGAAAAAGAAGGAUUACUAAGGAUGAUUUUGGUGAGCAGUGGUAUAAGAAAGUAGUAACAGCUCUCCACCACAGGAAGAGAACCAAAAUUGAUGAUUAUGAAGACCAGUAUUUCUUCCAAAGAGAUGAAAGUGAAGGCAUACCAGAUUCGGUGCAGGAUUUGAAAAACCACCCGUACUUCGUUUUGGAACAGGAUAUCAAACAAACCCAAAUCGUAAAGGCGGGAUGCAAAGAGUGCGGGUAUUUAAAAGUGCAUGGGAAAGUUGGGAAAGUCUUGAAAGUAUACGCAAAAAGGGAUAUCAUGGAUUUAAAAAGCGCUAGGCAAUGGUACAUGGAAGGCCGGAUUCUGAAGACUGGCUGCAGAUGCAAAAAGGUGAUCAAGAGAAAUACUGGAAGGCUAAGAGGGGACGUAGAAAGGGAAGAUGAAAGGCUUUAUAGUUUGGAUGACACAAAUUUAUAUAAUCCACCAUUGGCAGGCAUAAAUGGUGAGAUCACUAAGAACACAUUUGGAAAUAUUGAAGUUUUUACACCGACAAUGAUCCCUGCUAACUGCUGCCUGAUUGAAAGUCCUGUCGCUAUCAAAGCUGCCAAGUUUUUAGGGACAGAGUUUGCGCCUGCUGUGACUUCUUUUAAGUUUGAGCGUGGCAGUACAGUUAAACCAGUUAUAAGUGGUAUUGUUGUUGCGAAAUGGCUGAGAGGGGCUAUUGAGGCUGCUAUUGAUGGAAUAGAGUAUGUUCAAGAGGAUGAUAACAGGAAAGAGCAUUUGCUUGAUGCUUUGGAAUGCUGGAAUACCCUGCUGUUGAAACUGCGUAUUCGUAGUAAACUGAAUUUCACGUAUGGCAAGAUAGGAGAAGAAGAACCUAGUGAUAUUAAGGAUCAAGAUGUCGAAGAUAAUGAUGAUAAUACAGAAGGAUUCAUGGGUGGCGGCUUCCUUCCAGGUGCAUUAAAUCAAGAAGCACAGGCAUAUAGCGAACCUUCUGACGCUGAGGAUAGUCUGGAAUACGUUCCCAUAAGUAAAGACGUUGAAAGUACUGCAGGUGAAGAGGUGGCAGACGAUUAUUCUGAUUUUAUGAAAGAACUAGAAAUGUCUGGAGAGUCAGAAUGA